UCCUUCCGUCUGCCCCUCCAAGUCACCCACGCAGAUGGCGGCCUCCGGUGAUGUGGAGGAUCGGCUGUUGUCUGCGGUGAAGGCCUCGGCAGCGCUAGGCGACCCGCCGCUUCUCCAGGCGGCCGAGGCCGCGCGCUGCGCCUCCGACGGAGGCGGCCUGGCCGCGGCGCUGGUGGCGAAUCUCUGCUUCGCACACAACACGGGAGCCAUGUGGAAGCUGCUGGACGAGGCCAUGGCCUCCCGCCUCGUCUCGCCACUCCACACGCUCGCCCUCCUCACCCCAAGGGUGGUGCCCAACAGGCGGGCGCAGCCGGAAGCGUACCGGCUCUACCUGGAGCUGCUCCGGCGGUAUGCGGUGGUGGUGCCCGUCUACUCAGAGUCGGAGCGCGUUAAGACCAGCAAGGCCAUGUAAGCUUCGCUUUUACUCAUCUUCGGGACUGUUCUGUGAUACACGCAAUUUGUUUCACGUUGGGUUGGUAUACGUACAUACUCUCUGAUACAAUUACACACUCGCACACAAGCAAUUCUGUGUUAGGGAAUAAGGCAAGGCGAGCGCGGUCAGUGUGCGUGUGUACGCGAGUUGGUCGAGCCGGGCGCCGCUCGGUGGUCGCGUCGGGUCCGUGGUGGGUAUUCGUAUGUGAUGCAAGGGUAUGCGUGUGUGCUGCAAGGCUAUGCUUCUGAGUAUGCACUCGACUUGUCGGACUAGGGCUAGUCUGUUGGCGAACAUGGAGGGCUGGACGAGUUGGUCGGUUGCAGGCUCGCCACGACCUGGACGUGUGCGAGCGCGUCAUGGGUAUGAUCAGAGCGGGCCGAAUCGAGCGCUCGAGUGGAUAGAGACGUGGGGUGCGUGCGCUCCCUCCCAUGUGCGUUGUAACAGAGUGUGGCCGGAGUUUGUGCUCGCGAGAAAGAAAUUGCCAUAUGCUCCCAGUAGGGGGGCCAUGCUCCCUGUAGGCUACAACGUAGCUACGCCCCUACUUGUCGCCAUCAAAUUUUAUUUUAUUUUUUGCGGUGACUUGCAGGCACCUUCGUAAUGCUCGGCAGGCAGCACAGAGGAUCCUCAGGCUAGCCAUAGUGGGAGUAACUUAAGUAGUAACUUAACACAUCCCAAGACAAUUUUGCUUAUGUGGCAACUAUUUAAUGAGGAAAGAGGUGCUUGUGGUAACAUAAUAUAUUACUGUAACAUAGCGCUUUUCGAGACAAAAUGAGUCUAUGAGCUAAUAAAUGAAGCAAUCUAUGAUACUAGUACUAUGUUACUUUGCACUAUGGAGAUAGUAACUUAGACUAGUGUCAUAUGCAUGACACUAGUCUAAGUUACUCCCCACUAUUACCAGCCUCAUGACGCGCGUAAACCUCCGCCACACAAUAACCAACCUAGUCCUUGGAAAUUCGUGGGAGCAAUUAAUGAAUUGUGCUACUAUUCCAAACUGAGCCAUCUCCUUAUUUUUUUUUCUUUUCUCUUCGCGGGAUGAGCCAUCUCCUUGUUGGUGAGAGGAGCUGAGGAAUACCGUGGUACUCCCUCCAUUCAUACCAUGUCCUUUUAGGAGGGCACGUGUACCAUUCAAACCAACGAGCAGAAGCACAGACCCAAGAGCAAACUCAUCCCGAACAAAGACACAAGACCCUGGAAAAAGAAAACUUACUCCAAUUCUGUCGUCGUGUACUUCCGACGACGGCGAGACAACACGACAAACAAAGCAACGUCGACUCGACUGGACCAAAUUGCAAUAUGCCAAGAUACGCCGUAGUGCAAGCUGGCCACUUACGAGGGCCGGGCGUGGCUGGCAAAAUCAGGGGCCUGCCAAACUACAAAAAUGGGGCCUAUUUUACUAAAAUGAACUAAUGAGCAAUUAUAAUGUAUAUGAUAUAAUGUCUUGCAUAACAAUUGGAUGUAUAUAAAAUCAUACAUGUUCAA